GGAAGACGGAGAUGAGGCCGGGCGAGCAUCCAAGUUCAAGAGCCUGUUUUUUACACUGGGUUAGAAAAUCUAAUGUAUAGAAGAAGAGGCUGUACAAUGUAUUGGAUUGUGUAUAUAAGUCCAAGGAGACGGCCCCCAAAAGUGAAGACAAUCUAGAGUGGUAUCAACAAACACAACACACUCCCCUUUUCUUUAGAGUAUUCACUAUGAAACAAGCUCCUCUUCUUCUCCCACUACUUGCCCCAUUGGCGGCAUCUGCUGUCGUGGAGCGCACCGAUGCCUGUCGCUGUCGCCCACACGAGCCGUGCUGGCCAUCGCAAGAUACAUGGACAGCCCUCAAUGCCUCCAUGGACGGUGUUUUACACGCUGUCAAGCCUGUGGGCACUGUCUGCCACGAUCCCAACUUCAGCGAUGCCGCGUGCGCUGUUGUCCAGAAUAUGUCGAGCGACUCGCUCUGGCGUGUCCAGCAGCCCGGUGCAGUCCAGUGGACGAACUGGGAAGCAUGGACGGAGCAAAAUGAGACUUGUUAUCUCGAUCUUCCCCGUCAAGCAACCUGCAAACAGGGCCGCGUGUCGCUGUACUCGGCUGUUGUUGAGAAAGUCGAGCACAUCCAAGCCGCUGUCAAGUUUGCUGCUGAGCAUAACCUGCGUCUUGCCAUUAAGAACACAGGCCACUGCUUCCUGGGCCGCUCGUCUGCUCCUGAUUCUCUCCAAAUCUCGACUUUUAAGAUGAACACUACGAAAUUUGUCGACGAUUUCUAUUUGACGGGCUCGUCGGGGUGUAAGAGCAAAAAGUCCAUGGGGUCGGCUGUUACUCUUGGCGCUGGUGCCCGCCUGCAGGGCAUCUAUGCUGAAGCUGCGGCGCACAAUAAGAGUGUCAUCAUCGGCCUGUCUCAUACUGUCGGUGCGGCUGGCGGAUACAUGCAAGGCGGCGGACACUCGCCUCUCGGACCGUGGAAGGGCAUGGCGGUUGAUAAUGCCCUCGAGUUCACCGUCGUCACGGCCGAUGGCAAACAUGUCACAGCAAACUCGAUCCAAAACACAGACCUCUUUUGGGCUCUGCGUGGCGGAGGUGGUGGCACCUUUGGCGUCGUUACCAGCGUCACGAUUCGCACAUACCCCGAUGUUCCCACCAUCUUUGCCGUCUUCAACAUCAACGAUACAACCAACAAUCCGACGGCCUACUGGAACUUGGUCGAGAAAUUCCACGCACUGCUUCCUGCAGUCUCUGACGCUGGUGGCAGCGGCUACUACUCCGUCAUCCCCAAGAGCUCCGCCAACCCCGUCGGUUCCGUCAACUCGCAGCUCUUCUUUGUCAAUGUGACCGACCAAGCUGCUACCCGCAAGGUCCUUGACGCCAUUAAAGCUGAAGGUCAAAAAGUCAUGCCUGGCCUCGACUACGUGUUUGGUCCUGUCCCACACAUCUCGCAGGCUCUCACCCAGGGGUUGACUGAUAUGGGCGGCCACAGCGACGGCCUCGGCGGCAUUGUCAUGACGGGAUCUCGUCUGAUUUCGCGCAAGCUCCUGGAGACGAAAGAUGGUCCUGCCAAGCUUACCAAGGCGCUUCGGGAUAUCCAGGAAAUCAAGGAUACCACGGGCUACACGGGCCAUCUUGUCGCUGGCGGCCAGGUUGCUCGUAACAAGCACGUUUCGUCUGCGCUGAACCCUGCGUGGCGCCGGGCCUUGACGCACAUUGUAUUUGGGAGGGAUUGGAACAGCACUGCGACGGCUGAAGAGGUGAUUGCCAUCAGAAACAGUAUGAAUACGAUCGAGCUGCCUAUUCUGCAGAAGCUGGAGCCCGAUAUGGGCGCGUACCAGAACGAGGCGGAUCCGUACGAGGUCAACUUUCAGCAGUCGUUCUGGGGCGACAAUUACCCCAGACUGUACGCCAUCAAGCAAAAGGUUGACCCGAAGAAUUUGUUUAUUGUUCGCAGCGGCGUGGGCAGUGAGCACUGGGACGAUGCCGGCUUGUGCAGGGUGUCCAAGUAGAUGGACAUGAGGGCAGAAUCUAUCGCUAUUUGUAGUAUCGUUACUUGAAAUUUGUUCGCUUUUACUAUAUGUGAGAAUAUGCUAGUCAGAAUGGUAAUAUAAUACAAUGUUCGGUCAC